GCGUUUAAGUAGCACGAAAGACAAAGCCCAGGGAGUACAGUAGAACAAUGAUUAAUUAUUAUUAAUUAUUGAGGGCUCGCUAAAUCCUCUGCUUUGUCUGUGAGGUGAACCUCCUCCUCCGUGUUUAUUCUCCUCUCAGAGUGGAUCACCACCUCAGUGGAGGAUCUGUGCAGCUCUGCAGAGGAUCGGGAUGCUCUCCAUGUCCUCCUCCUCCUGCUGCUGCUCCUCUUCCUCCUCCUCCUCCUCGCAGACUCAGACCAUCCAGCACUCUGGACCCUCUCCCGUCCUCAGACCCGGACCCGCGUCCUUAACCCGGGAUUUAAACCUGGACUGCAGCCUGUGAGGGGCAGAUCAGGGUGCGAGGCGGGGGAGCUGGGGGAGCUUCUUGGACGUGGAUCCAGCGCGCGUGCGUCUGACCACGAGUUCGUGUUUGUUUAUAAAAUAACGCGAAACAAAAAGCGGGUUUCUCCUUUUAAGAUGACGGAUCCGUUGUCUUUUUUCCGACUCCUUAUUAGAGGAUUCACGCGGAGACCCUGAACGCGGCACCGGCAGCGCGCGUACACCUCCGGUUUAUGUUUCAGUCUUUUGUACCUGCGCUCACCUGUGUGGACGCAUGUCUCAGAUCCAGCACGCGGCUCUGGACCAGCAGGGCCGGUACAACCAGAUCUGCACCCGUGGCGGCAGCUGCCCGCCCCCCGCAGACGGUUCCGAGCCGGCCCCCUGCCCCGGCCACAGGAGCCGGAGUCCCCGCAGGAAGUGGCAGGUGUUCCCGGGCAGGAACAGGUUCUACUGCGACGGCAGGAUCAUGAUGGCCCGGCAGACCGGGGUCUUCUACCUGACCCUGGUCCUCAUCCUGCUCACCUGCGGCCUCUUCUUUACCUUUGACUGUCCUUUCCUGGCGUCCAACCUGACCCCGGCCAUCCCGGCGGUCGGCGGCGUUCUCUUCAUCUUCGUGAUGGGGAUGCUGUUCAGGGCAAGUUUCAGCGACCCCGGCAUUUUACCCCGAGCGACACCAGACGAGGCCGCCGACCUUGAGCGACAGAUUGACUCUGCGGGAUGCUCCAGGCCGCCUCCUCGGACCCGAGAGGUUCUCAUCAACGGGCAGACGGUCAAGCUGAAAUACUGCUUCACCUGCAAGAUCUUCAGGCCGCCCCGAGCGUCGCACUGCAGCCUGUGCGACAACUGUGUGGAGCGCUUCGACCAUCACUGUCCGUGGGUGGGGAACUGCGUCGGGCGGAGGAAUUAUCGCUUUUUCUACCUGUUUAUCCUCUCCCUGUCCCUCCUCACUGUCUUCAUCUUCGCCUUCGUCAUCACACACGUCAUCCUCAGAUCGAACCAGACGGGUUUCCUGAGCGCGGUCAAAGACAGCCCAGCCAGCGUCCUGGAGGUGGUGGUGUGUUUCUUCUCCGUCUGGUCCAUUGUCGGCCUGUCGGGCUUCCACACCUACCUGAUCAGCUCCAACCAGACCACCAACGAGGACAUUAAAGGGUCCUGGUCCACCAAACGAGGGAAGGAUAACUACAACCCGUACAGCUACGGGAACAUCCUGACCAACUGCUGUGCUGCCCUCUGUGGACCUCUACCUCCCAGUCUGAUUGACAGGAGAGGUCUGAUCCAGUCCGGCACGCCGCAGACCGUCUCCCAGUCCAAUGGCACCAGCAACAGCAGCUACGCCUCCACUCAGCUCCACAGCAACAUGUGUGAUCAGGAUCAGUGCAUCCAGAGCACCAAGUUUGUGCUGCAGGCUGCCACCACGCCUCUGUUGCACAGCGACCCCGUCGUGCUGGCCCCGCUGCCAGGUAAGACCGCCACUCUGGGGGGCCCCUGCGCCUACCUGGCCCCUGCCCAGCCGUCCCUGCCGUCCUGCGGAGGCGAUGUCCUGACGCUGAGGGACGCCGCUGUCGACUCCCGCUGUCACCACCACCUGCACCUCCAUCACCACCAUCACCACCACCACUUUGUGAGUCCGGAGGAGACGCCAUGCGCCACGCCACAGGGUGCCCUGCCCUGCCCCGCCCACCUGCACCUCCACCACCAACCCCACCCUGCCAUCCCCUCCCCCGCUGCCCUGUAUGACCCUGCCAGUCAGGACGCUCUACACGAGGACUCGGUCAGGGGGCUGGUGAAGCUCAGCUCCGUCUGAAUGGACCCAUGUGACGUCCGUUGGACAGAUUUUUACUGUCUAUGUUCAAAAAAACUAAACAAAUAAAACAAACUGUUUCCAAAUUGUGAUGAUAAAAACGAACACACCUCAGUAAAACAUCUGAUCACAAACUCAACUGAUGGGCUGACGUCUCGGGUGAAGAUUGUCCUCAGAGCAAAGACUCGUCUCCAGACGCCAGAGAAACGCUGACACUUUCUCCCUUUUAGACUUUUUGUCUUUGAAGCUUCUCGACUUCACAUUUUUUGUGACUUUGUUUGGCAGCUUUUAGAAAGUCCACCUGUUCUGCCCCGUUUGUCCUGUAUUAAAUAUUACUUUAGUAAACUGAAGACACUUUCGCACAAAAGCACCUUUUCUGUUUGGACUUCUGUCUGAGGACCAAAGCUGGACUUGGUCCUCGUCCACUUCCCGUUCGUGUUUCAUCCUUCGACCAACCUUCAUUCUUUGAAUUCCUGCUAAAAACGUUGAAUCCAGAAUAAGCUACUUCAAUGCCAAACGUUCAGCUGCAGCAGCAGCAGGACCAAAACUACAGACUCUGACUUUUUAUUUUAUUACAUAUAAUAAAUAAUAUUUGAUUGUUUUUUGGUUCUGAUGGUAACUGGUUGGUGUUCUGAGACCAGCAUUUGCCUCAGCCAGUCAAUGUUUGUGAUGCCAUGCCAACAAAUAAAAAACAAAAAGCCAAUUCAAAGAUCAGUUUGAGCUGCAUGAUGAUAUUCAGAUGUCUUCAUGUCAUCAUGUUUCUCUGUGUGAGUCAGAGGAAAACUGAAGGUUUAGUGUUUGGUUUAAAUGAUGGACGAAUCCAUCAUACGUGUUUUUCCUGAGUACACAUUCAUGCGUUAGGAUGCCCAGAUGCACCACAGCAACGUGGAGUCUUCAUGUAGGUGUCUGUGUGCUGCAUGGAUGAGUUAACAAAUUACAUUAACCUCCAAUUAAAAGUUAUACUCAGAUGUUUAUCACAUGACAGGUAAAUGGUACAAAUGAACAAGCUAAGAAGCCACAAAGACGAUCGUCAGCAGCUUUUUAUAAAAGUGGUGUUGUCAUGAACACUGACUGGCUGAGGCAGAUGUUGUCCUACCAUAUAGAUGUUUAUUUCUGAGGAUAAGAAAUUUCUGGAAAACUUGUGCAGAUCUGAGUGGAGGGAAGCAACAACACUGCCAGACGUUCAGCCGAGGAUUGAAGGUGCUUUUUGGAUAUCCCUGCGUUUAAAGUUGCUUCGUUUUUAGGCGAAGAAAUGGCCAGUAUGACUUUAUAUGUUGUGUUGAAGAGAUGUAAACUCAAGCUGAACGCUAGCUGGGCCGGGUGUUAAUGUAAUACCAGCUCCUACCACAUGGUGGUGCAGUCCCUGAGGGAAACCUUUAAUUAACCUAGUAAGUCGUUAAGAACAAUUUUAUUUACAAUGACGACCAAAGUAAAAGGUCAAGUCUGUGAGAAAAUGGGGAUACAGCUAAAAACACACCUGCUGGUAAAACGCUGCCCCCUGGUGGUGAAAGUUUUUGGGGAUAAUGACAAAAAGCACCUUUAAAUCAUUGGGAAAACUUUGCUUGUGGUGUGGAGUGAUGAUGAACCAAACCUGUCUUUUAUUCAUACAACAUAAACCACCCAAUAAAACAAGUUUACACUCAGUUCAUUUUCACACUUUUCCAAAGCUGUAGAACCAAAAUAAUCACCAAAUGGUCCUAUAAUAAAAUCAUCAAAUGAAUUUAAAAUCACAUACACAUAAAAAAAAAGCCAGACUCUCAGUGUUGGACCUCCUCCUGACCUCCUCAUACACGCUGACCAUGAUGUGGAGCCAUCUCUCCAUCAGACCUGUUCCUCUGAUCUUCAUACCUCAGCCUUUCCUCCUGUUCCCCUACGUUAAGAACGGCUUCCUGACAGGCGUCCUUCCACUGAGACCAUUUCUGAUGAGGCUUCGGUGAGCAGUGGAUGAUCAGCUGAAGGUUCAGAUCAUUUCUCGGGUCCUGUUUCAGGUCUCUUUUUUUUCCCUGUUUCAGUAUUUUUUAAGGUCAUGACUUUCAGAUACUGUUUAUCAGUUAUGCACAAUCUUGCACUUAAGUCGUAAUCACCAAUCACUAAUUAAAAAGCAACAAGAGAAGAGAUCUGAUAAAGGACUUGUGCAAAAAUAUCAAUCACAAAAGCGUGACAACUUCUCUGACUGAUCUCAGUCUGCCAGGUGAGGGUGUUCUUUAUUCUACAAAACAGCUGAUUAAAGAUACGUUUUUGGACAAUGAGAAACAGUUUUUAAACUUUGCCUCUGUUCACCUCCAUAGUCAAUUUUAAAUAAAACUAAAACGAUGCAAUGAAAAUGAAGACAGCUUUAAAUUAAGGGGUUUAACAAAAGUAUUACAUUAGCUAUUUUGGAAUUUUAGCCAUUUUUAUUCAUGAUCCCCAUUUUCAGAACUUUCCAUAAAAGUAAUUGAACAGUUGGUUGGUGAGGACACCUUCAGAGUCUUCAUCAGCAGGAAGAGAAAUGGACUCACUGAUGAUCACCAUGUUGGGUGGCCCUCACAGACUUUGUGAUGUUCUCACUCCUCUCCUUUGAGAAAGUUUUUUUUUGUUUCAUGUUCAGAGCUUAUUUCAGGACAAAAUGUAUAUCACUGUUGUGUUAGAAGACAAAUCCAGAUAACUGUAGAUUAUUUAUUGG